AUGUCACGUAACCAAGUGUAUUUAGUAGGAGCAAUGAAUUAUCAAAUUACUGGAGAGAAAAAUAAAACCAGGACGAGCGACUUAUACAAGAAAAGAGAACAAAAUUUUGUAGACCAAAUCGAAGAAUUGUUUGAUAUAGCUCAUGCUAAUGCAAUCAGUCUAAUGAAGAUCCAGGAAGAUAUUGAUUUUUUGCGACUUCAACGAACUAAGGGACGUCCCGGAUGUAUGAUGGGAGUAGAUAUGAAUUUAACCCAAGCAGAAAAAAAAAUGCAAAUAAGACAAGAACAGAAAAAUAAAAUACUUAUACCUCACUCAGAUACAGAAACUUUAUUAGAAGAAAAAUAUUCAUGUACUUCAUCGGAUUCAUGUGAUAUGGAAAUCGUAAGUGAAGAAGAGAGACAAUUUUCACCAGUAGCAGGUCCGUCAAAAAAUAAAAGAGGUAGAAAAGAACUUUUAACUUCUAGAUUAUCUGCCACUCUUGAUAGGUGUAAAAUAAGUGAUAGGGAUGCUGUUCAUUUGUUAACUGCAUGUUUGGAUGCCUUAUCAUUAGAUCCCAGCAUAUAUGUUUUAAACCGAUCGUCAAUUAAAAGGUCCCGUGAACAUUAUAGACAAAAAAUUGCAGAAAAUAUUAGUUCUAAAUUUCAUGAACAAAAUUUGAAUUUUGUUGUGAUCCAUUGGGAUUCAAAAAUGCUUCCAGACCUUACAGGGAAAAAAAAAGUCGAUCGCCUCCCUAUUAUUGCAACCGCCUUAAAUUUUGAACAGCUUCUUGGAGUCCCUUAUAUACCCUCUGGGAAAGGUUUAGAAGUAUCAUCAGCUGUCUAUGACGCUUUAGUCAAAUGGUCACUAUUGGAAAAAGUACAGGCUUUCACAUUUGAUACUACGGCCUCUAAUACGGGAAGGUUGAAUGGGGCGUGUUUUUUGUUAGAGCAACGUCUUGGAAGAGAAAUUUUAUUCUUAGCAUGCCGACACCAUAUUUAUGAACUUGUUUUACAAGGCGUAUUUUCAGAUACCAAAUUAUGUCCUUCAAUCGGACCAGAAAUAUUAUUAUUCAAGAUAUGA